GUUCCUGUUCUAAAGAUUUCUUGUGUGACUCUCUUAUCUUUGAGGAGCAACAGGUGCAGAACUCUUUCUACUGAAGCUUUUGAAAAGGGUUGGUGGAUGUGACUGGACCAGUGAGAUGCUCUUGAGCAGGAAUUCUACUUUGUGUGGCCCUCCUCUGUUAGGCCUGCCAUGACAGCAUUCUUCACCAGCGUCCCAAACUGGAUUCAAGAUGCAAAGCAGGAGGAGGAGGAGGUGGGCUGGAAACUAGUGCCCAGACCCAAAGCUCGAGAGAGUGAGAGCCAAGGAAGAUGCCAGUAUGAGCUAUCUGAAGCAUCCUUCCCUGGUGUGGAUAAAUUGAGAGCCAGCCCAGAACAGAGGCCAUACUGCUGCCCUCAGCUGCACUGUGGCAAGGCCUUUGCCUCCAAGUACAAGCUCUACAGGCACCUGGCUACGCACUCUGCCCAGAAGCCCCACCAAUGCAUGUACUGUGAGAAAAUGUUCCACCGGAAGGACCACCUUCGUAACCACCUUCAGACCCACGACCCUAACAAAGAAGCUCUCCAUUGUCCAGAGUGUGGCAAGAACUACAACACCAAGCUUGGCUACCGGCGUCACCUGGCCAUGCAUGCAGCUGCCAGUGGGGACCUCAGCUGCAAAGUGUGCUUGCAGAUGUUUGAGAGCACCCAGGUCCUGCUGGAGCACCUCAAGGCUCACUCCCGGAGGCCAUCGGGCAGCGUGAAGGAAAAGAAACAUCCCUGUGACCACUGCGAUCGGCGCUUCUACACCCGCAAAGAUGUGCGGCGGCACCUAGUGGUGCACACGGGCCGGAAGGAUUUCUUGUGCCAGUACUGUGCCCAGCGGUUUGGCCGUAAAGACCACCUGACCAGACAUAUGAAGAAGAGCCACUCCCAAGAACUGCUGAAGAUCAAGGCAGAACCCGUGGACAUGCUGGGUCUUCUGAGCUGCAGUUCGACAGUGGCGGUGAAGGAGGAGCUGAGUCCCGUCUUGUGCAUGGCGUCCCGGGAUGUGAUGAGCAGCAAGAGCUUUCCUGGGAUGCUUCCCAUGGGCAUGUAUGGGGCACACGUCCCAGCUAUGCCCAGCUCAGGGAUGCCCCACUCACUAGUCCCCAACCCUCUUCCAAUGGGCAUGAGCUAUCCUCUGGAAUCAUCUUCCCCUCCACAGCCUCCCCCAAAGUACCAGCUUGGAUCUACCUCAUACUUCCCAGACAAAGUACCCAAGACGGAGGUGGACAGCUGCGUGGCAGAGCUCCCUGGAGGCCUUUCGCUGGUAGCUGGUGAGCCGUCCUCCUCCUCGCCUCAGCCGGCUUCCCUGGAGGAGACGCUACUCUCCAAGAGCCCCGCUCUCCUUUCUGAAGCUCUCUGUGCUGCUAACAUGGACUUUUCCCACCUCCUGGGCUUUCUUCCCUUGAACCUUCCAUCGUGCAACCCUCCUGUCUCCUCGGGGGGGCUAGUUAUGGGUUAUUCCCAGGGGGAGACCCAGUCCCUCCUCACCACCUUGCCACCACAGGAGUCGUCAUCAGGAACCACGGCCUCCCUCGGCUUUGGAGCGCUUCACCCAUUGCCCUCGGUGUUUUCCCCAGGCCUGGGUGCCACCACUUUGCCACGUUUCCACCAAGCAUUCCAGUGAGAGAGCUGGACAAGCAGAGCUGCUCUGGGCGCAUGGAUAGGGGACUGCAAACGUGCUCAGAUUCGCUGUCUUUCCAGCUUUGGGCUGUGGAAAGCUUCAGGAAGGACUGGAACUGCCCCGUACAUUUCAAUGUAUGCCCCAGUCCUGGACAGGGAAUAGGUUGCAGUGAAUAGAAUUUCAGGUAUUUUUCUUUUUACAUUGCUGGCAGUCAGGAGCCGUGUAUCCUGCUGAGACUUAGGAGGAGCUUAAGUCAGGGUCUCUUUCAAAUUAGGGCCCAACACAUAUUCUGCAGUUCUGUGUCACUUGGUCCAUGCGGCAGGAGCUCCCCUUUCUGCCCCCGCCCUCGCCCCCACUACUUCUGGUGGUUAUUCCCUUGAUGCUGAGCGUGUGGUGUGAGUGCAAAUCAAACUCUUCCUUUGGAGCCGUUUCCUUAUGAUGUAUUCCUGCAGAAUCAUGUUUACUCAAUCAUUUCCCACUAUUACAAAUCAGGUAGUGCCACAAACACAGUCAGUGUUUCUGGCACAGCUAAUACACUGUUUACACAGUGAAAUCAGAUAGCUCUGGUUUCACCUCACGACUACUUCCAUUUCUUCCCCUGUGGGGAAAAUAAACUGACUUGGAAUAGCUUCAGCUUUUGCCAGUUUAGUUUAGCACUCUAGGUGUGUGUUUGUUGUUUUUCCAAAUUUCUGAACAGGUCAGAAGGAUCCUCCGAUAUAACAGGUUAACUGAUUUUCUGCAUUUGAGAGGCUUUCCCGAAGGACGUAAGGGCGUAGCGAUAGCGGCCCUCAGCGGUGGACUGUUCAUUAAAGGUCAUCCCCAUUCUUACUGGGACUUACUGUUCAGCAGCGAGGCCCGUCGUUCUGUCCGGGUGAGGUUUUUUUUUCAUCUCCUUGGCUGUUCCGACACAAGCAGGCUCACUGAGGGGUGAUGGUGUUUGGCCUUUUGGCCUCAAGGAAAUGUUUGUUUCAGCUUCCUGGGGCCUUUAGUCACCUUUGCUUUUAACCGGCAGCACCCACUCCCCCUGAGCCCACCCACAGCACGCAGCGCACCAACCUUAGAGGAAGGGAGGGUGGGACAGAUGCACAGGGCUCAGCUGAGGUGAGGCAGCCUGCCUUUUCUGCUGAUUAAGCAACACCGAGGUCCCUUGCUUCUUAGGGGGAGCUCAGUAACCUUUGGGGGUGGGAAGGGUAACCCAACGGUGUCAUGUUUUCAUGCCCCAUUCCUGCAGGGUUGGUUGGCCUCGAAGCUCCAUAGCUCUGAUGCUCCCCUCUCUCCCUGCAAGGUGCUGAGGGCUGGUGUCCCAGCGUGAGCUCCGUACUUGAGCAGCACAGAGCAAAAGUAAAAUGAAGAUAGCAGCCUGCAACAUUUGCUUCCGUCAGGAAAGUAAACUAAAGCAACAGGAGAAGCAGUGAGACUGUAGAGCAGCGUUUCUCAACCUUGGCAACUUGAAGAUGGGUGGAUUCCAACUCCCAGAAUUCCCCAGCCAGGUUGAGAGACGCUGCUGUGGAGACUUCCUCUUGUCUGAAGCAUUUGGCUGCACCAGGUGCCGUUCCUUGUCGGCUUGUGUCUUAGCUUAAGUUAUGGGAGAUUUGGAGUGGGCUGAACCUUUGCAGGAGAGCUGGGUCCUCCGGUGCUUAUCCCAGAGUGGCUGCCCAGCGUCUGCUUCUCCUUCCUUCACUUGCAGGCUGCUUGGCAUUUCACCUUCCUCUUCGUUCAGAGGCGGAUGGUGUUUGAAAGGUCGGAGGCUGCAGUUCCGUCUCCCGAUCUUCCCAAGGGCUACAGAAUGGCACUCCGAAGGGAUGGGGGGAUUAGCCCUAUUUUUAGGGAGGAAGGACAAGAAUGGGAGUAGGAGUAGGAGGUGAGCCCCCAGUCCCCCCUAAGAAUGUCCAUGGGGGAUUAAAUAUGGGAUUAAAGUGACUCUCAAGGGCGUCAUAUUCCCAUUCCCGUUCUCACCCUUAACUCCCCCUUCCAAAAAAAUCCACAGGGAUACUGGGGGCUCUCCUGGCUACCUCCCUCUGUCCUACUUCCCCCUACAUUCUCCAGCUUCUUCUCAGCCACCUGGGUGGACUGUGCUGUAUGUAUUACAGUGAAUACCUCAUGAUACCUUUUCUCUGCUCUUGUGUUAUUACCCUCCUCGCGCCCUCCCCCCACCCCCACCCCGUGGCUGCCUGCAGCCUCAUUCGGAGUCAGUCCACCUGCAUGCGUUUCAGGGUAUCUCCAUGGGCCCCUUCCUUUUACCUCACACGCAGGGGGCUGAGCUACGGGGUCGGCUACAGGUGUCUUACCUGCCCAGGUAUGUUUAGGCUAUCUCUGCAAUAAUUUCUCUGGUGCGUUUUUUGGUCUCUCUGAAUGCCUGUCCUUAGCAGAUGCUUUAAAAAAUGUGUCGUAAUUCCAGAUUGCUUUUAAAAUCUUGUGUCCAUCCCUACCAACUUCCA